GUUACUCCGCCUCCGGAGUCAGGAAGCCAGAGAGGGCGAGCUCGUAAGUGGCCGCGUUGUGUGGAGAUUGAUACAGUCAUUGUAUCAUUAUUAGACGAAUACUGCUACCGUGGGGAUGAACUUACAUGAUACUUAAAGAGAACAUAAGAUUCGAUUUAUUUCGCUCAGUUUUAAUUGUUGGACCCCCUUCCCAUUCCCCCACAACAGGUCAAACAAACUGUGUGGUUUAUUUAUUUUUCAGUUUAAAUCAACAAUUCUUUAGGAUCCUGUUGCUUUAAUUUCUUUGUGUGGAGAUUCACAUAUCGAAACAAAAGUGGAUUUAACAGAAGCCGCGUUGACCAACACCACUCCAAGAUGCUCUUGGUGUCCCAGCGGCUAGACGCACCUCGCAUGGAGCCACUACUGCCUGGAUCGGUGAAGAGGAAGCUGGCUGCGGCUGAGAACUCGGGAGAGGUGAACGGAGUCUCCGACGGGCCCAUGAUCCAGGGAAACGGCAAGCGUCUCUGCCUGGAGGAUGUCACUCUGGCCAUGGGCCCCGGCUUCCAGCACCCCCCUUACUCCUCGGGGCCCGGGGUGGGAGGCCACAGCGCUGUCAUGGAGGGCAACGGACUGAAUAACAAUGGCCUGGGGUCCCCGUAUGCCAUGCCCCCCAAAGCCAGCCCUGGAUCCGCCGCGGGGGGUGGAGGAGGGGCCGCGCACGGGGGCAUGCUGUCCUCCUUCAACCCCAACGGGAACAGCUCGGCGCCCUCCGUGGAGCAGGAGCUGCAGGACAUCCUGGACGAGCUCACCAAGAACCCGGACCCGUCCCUCACCGAGCUGGACAUCGAGAAGAUCCUGGGGAACAAGGGCGACGAGCAGGCGGGCGGCGCGGGGGGGUUCAUGCACCCCGAGGGCAGCGGGACGCCGAAGCGCUCCCCGCAGAGGCCCUCUCACCUGGAGAGCCACCUCACCCGCUCCCCAGGCUUCACGCAGGCCGCGGCCGCCGGCUCCCCACAGGUGGGGCCCAGCCCGCCCUACUCGCUCCCCCACCCGGCCAAGCCCGUGCCGUCGCCCCUCUCCGCCUCGCCGCUGUCCUCCUCGGCCCAGACGCAGAGCCAGGCGCGCUCCCCGAUGCUGUCGGCGGCGCUGUCCAACCGGGCCGGCUCCGCUUGGCACGAGGUCUCCCGCGCCCAGCAGCUGCAGCAGAUGGCCUCCAACAGCAAGCACAUGUCUGCGGGCGCGGCCCCGCCCCCGCCCCAGCCCUCGCCCUGGACCGGGCCCUCCCCGCCCUACCGGCCCAGCGAGAAGCUGCCCAGCUCGUCCCCGCACCAGCAGCCCUUCAGCCCCGCCGGGAGCAUCCAGAGCCCCCAGAGCGCGCUCAUCUCCGGCAUGGCGCCCGCGCCGUCCGCCGGGCCCUCCCCGCCCUACCGCCCGGAGAAGCUGGCCAGCCCCGCCCUGGCGCAGCCCCCGUUCAGCCCGCAGGGCGCCCUGCUGGCCAGCGCCGCGCCCGCGGGAGGGGCCGGCGGCUCCGCCCAGAGCUCCCAGGCCGGCUUCCUGCCCAACAUGCCGCCCUCGUCGGGGAGCACGCGGCCCUCCCCCCCCUACCGGACGGACAAGCACUCCAGCCCCACGGUGCAGCAGCAGGCCCCACAGCAGCAGCAGCCGCCGCCGCCGCCGCAAGCGCAGACUCACUCCUUCAGCUCGCAGAACGGGUCGGCCAGCAUGGCCAGCCAGCUCUUCAAGGCCAUGACCUCCGGCCAGCCCAGCGGCCUGAAGCUGCUCAUGCAGCAGCAGCAGCAGCAGCAGCAGCAGCAGCAAAACCAGCCGUCUGCGCAGCCGCAGUCCCAGCCGCAGCUGCCCCCGGCCGCGCACCAGGCCAUAAGCAAGGCCGGGCCGGGGCAGGACCCCUACUCCUUCAACAACACCAAGCCGCUCCGCCACUUCGACCCCGAGCCGCCCGCCCAGAAACUCGGGCCCUUGGUCCCGGGACAGGGAUCCUUGGGUCACUACCCGGGCCCGAACAUGCAGCAGGCGCCCCCGGUGGCGGGAGCGGGACACUCGCAGCUCCUGCAGCAGCAGCAGGAGAUGCAGCAGCGCAUGCAGAGGAGCAUGCAGGCGGGCGGGAUGGCGCCCCACAGCAGAGCGGAUCAGAGUCCUGGGAUGGUUCCUCGGCUCCAAGACCCUUCUGCUGUGCCUCGCCCUACGCAGAGCAACUACAACAUGCUGCUGAAGAGCCAGCUGAUUAAGAAACACAUCCUACAGCAGGAGAAGCAGAGGCAGAUGGAGCAAAUGAACGGAGGCCAGAUGUCAGACUGCCAGCAGGUGGUGCCAUUUCAAGGUGUUGGCCGUUCCCUCCCCUCAGAGUGCGGAUUCCCCAUGGGGACGCCCCCAGCCAACCCCGCCAUGCUGUCCCACAGCCCCAUGCUGUCCGGCCGGAUGGGGGCGCUCAACCAGCCUGGCCGCGGCGGUGGAGCCUUCAUGGGCAACGCAGGCCCCAAGCCGGCCCUUUAUCACCAAGAGUUUAGUGUGCCCCUUCAGCCAGGCCAGAGCAUGAUGGGAAUGGGUGUACCUCCUCGGCAGCCCAUGCACCACAGCCAAGCUCCAGCCCGGUCGGGAAUGCCGGGCCCGUCCUUCCAAGGGGGGCCCUUACAGCCUCAGCACCUUCGACACGCCCUCCACCAGGGCGGCGCUCUCCCCCGCAUGGUGUUCAACCCCCAGCAGCCGUCGCAGCCGCAGUCACAGUUGUGGCAGCAGCAGCAGCAGGGGCUCCCGCGCAUGGGCUGCGAUACGCACAUGGACCCAGGGCUCCACCAGCAUGCGUUCCCGGGCAGGGGAGCAGGCGGAGGGCCCCCGCAGUUCUCCCAGCAGCCCCUGCGCUCCGGCAUGCCCGCAAACUUCACCCCCCACCAGACUGGGGCUCCUCCCCCAAACCAGGUGGCCCCCAACCUGCCUGGCAGGCACAUGCAGAAGCUGCCUCCUGGCCACCCCCACCCCUCCAUGGCCCAGCAGGGCUUGAGGCCCCGUGGCCCCUUGUCUGCCAUGGCAGUGAUGAAGCCAGUACCCCUUGGGAUGGUGCCACCUGCCCACGGGAUGGCUCCGCCCAGCUACUCCUCCUCCAGCAAGCACCCGCUUGGGAUGGGGUACGGCAGUGGCAACCCAGGACAUAAACUUCCCGCGUACGAGUGCGCCCAGCACCAGAGCAACGGGGGCAUGCCUGGGGUGCCGGGAGGAGGUGGGGGAGGGGGGACAGGCGAGGUGGACUUCAUAGAAACGCUAGUGGGGUCCAACGAGGACUGGCUGAACAAUCUCACCAUGAUCGAUGAGUACCUGGAACAAAACUCAUAGUAGGCCCCCAUGAGCACCUUUGCAUGGGGAGGUUUCCAGGGACAUGGUUGUGUUUCCGGAAUGUUCAGAGCCAUACACGACGGGACGUCGUGUGAAUUUGGUAAAGAGCGAUGCACUGCAAAUGCCCCCAGUCUGGACCUUUACCCUCAGGCCACUCCCUCCCUCCACUGGUCCGUCCAGGGUGGGGAAUGCGAUCACACACACAAAGACAGACGGACAGAGGGACGUCCUCUGAAUUCUGUAACCACAGCCAUCGAGACAAAGCUCCUCAUUCAGUUAUAUCUGCAAGGUGUGUUGAGCAGGAAGUGUAGCAGGCCUCAGAGGUAUCUGGCCCAGAAGGGAAUACACACUGAUCAGAUCCAUGUACUGUAGAUGUAAGCGUACUCCUGAUGCAAUUCACAGGCAACACCGAUUCCCAUAGCUUCCUUUGUUUCCUGGCAAAUCAGCUUAAAUUACCAAAGGAGGUCUAAUUAAUCACUUUGGGCAGACCAGGCAUGUGUUACACUUCAGUGUUUUGCCACAGUGUCUUUUUAAACGUCAAACAUUUUCGUAUUAUGAAUGGAUUCAUUAUUUGACAUUUGUUGUGACUGAAUGUCUUACACCAUUUUAGUUUGUUCACAGACCAAAAUAGACACAAAAAUGUAAUCUCAGUAAAGGAUGUACUGAAUGAGGUUUGAUACUCUGUGCUUCUCGACUGUACAAUGAUGUAAACUGCUGUGUUUGGUAUGGUCUUUUCUCCCUGCUUCUUCAUCGGUGGAAACUUCCCAGCUGAACUGACAGCAGUUAAAAAUUUGCUGGUGUUGAUCAACUCAAAAGUGAUGGUCCUGUGGUUCAGAUUGAUAAGGUUCACAUAGGCUCUUGUCACCUCAAUUGAUGGCUAAGUAUGAUGAUCCUGGUUGAGCUGCUUUGCUUUUCACACAUAGCAUCCUCUCAACUGUGAUUGGCUAGGGUUCCCAUGUGAUGCCACUCUGCCAAUCAUGUCUGAAAACAGAAGUGAAAAACAUGAGAAAGGCAGUUAAUCUGCAAUCUAGAAAACUGCAGGUGUACCAAUGGGAGAGGAAGGAGAUCUGCCAUUGUGGUCCUGGCAGUUCUAGAACUGUUUAGUCUCAUGUUUUUUUUUUUUAUCGUGAGUGGAGGGAAGUUGGUCUGCAAGGGGCUUGUACAUAAUAAACUAUUUUGUAAAUUA